UAAGAAUAUUGUUAUAGUUUACUGUUGAUAGUAUCAAACUCUUCCAUUUCCCUAGCAGCCAAACGGAGGUUCGAAAAGAAAUGCAAAGAAGGAUAUUAGUUCAAAUCUCUUACUCAAACAAACUGAACAACUUCCGAUUCACUAAAAACGCGUUUGCUUCAUACAAAACCCAAAACCUAAACCUUAGCGGAGAUGCAGAUGAUUCUCUGUACUCAGACGUACCGAAACCUCGCAGGGACAAAUCGGAGAGAAAGCCAUAUCCCACACCCAUGAAGGUGUUGAUACAGAGAGCUAAAGCGGAGAGAGAAGCUAGAAAAUCACAGCCUGUUCAGCUACUUGAACAUCCACCUGCCAACGGCUUAUUGGUCCCUGAACUUGUCCCCGUCGCUCACCAAGUCUAUUCAGCUUAUCAAUCUCUUCUCUCUGGUUUGUCAAAGCUCGUUAAAGUUAUUCCCUUUCAACGCUGUAGGUUCUGUUCUGAGGUUCACGUUGGUCAUGUGGGUCAUGAAAUACGAACCUGCGCUGGUCCAAAAAGCGGUUUUCGAAGUGCUACACAUGUUUGGAGAAAAGGGGGAGUUUGUGAUGUGGUGUUCUUCCCCGAGUGCUUCCAUCUCCAUGAUCGUGUUGGGAAGUCAAGAGUUGUUCAUUGCGAGAAGGAUAGUGUCCCAAGGCUACCUGCCAUUGUAGAGCUCUGUAUACAGGCCGGUGUAGACCUUGAAAGGUACCCUACAAAGAGAAGAACAAAACCUGUCUAUUCUAUUGAAGGAAGAAUUGUAGAUUUUGAUUCUGUGAUAGAGAAUGAUGAAACAGAAAGAAACUUAAUUUUAAAAGAUAAUCAUCAUAUAAAGCCUAAUUUUGGUGCUAAGAAUGAUGGAUCUGAAAGCAGUUCAAAUUUAGAGAAGAAAGGUGAUUGGGUGGAUCAAUCGAAUGAUCAAGAGGGGAAGGAUUUAAGAAAGUUGAGCAUUAGGACAAUGGACUCAUGGUUUGAAAUGAUAUCAGGAGUGAAGAAGAUCAUGGAGAAGUACAGUGUAUGGACCUGUGGAUAUUGUCCUGAGGUCCAGGUUGGUCCCAAGGGACACAAGUUAAGAAUGUGUAGAGCAUCAAAACACCAGUCUCGUAAUGGAUUGCAUGCAUGGCAGGAAGCAACGAUUGAUGAUCUUGUCGGUCCGAAUUAUGUCUGGCAUGUUCGAGAUCUUAAUGGUCCUGCUUUGGAGAACAACUUGAAGAGGUUUUAUGGCAAGGCCCCAGCUAUUGUAGAGCUGUGUGUGCAUGGUGGUGCUCCAGUUCCUGAUCAAUAUAGAAGUAUGAUGAGAUUAGAUGUGGUUCCUCCUCAACGUGAUGAAGUUGAUCUUGUUGCUUGAAAUGAUUUUCCUUUAAACCUGAUGUUUUAUAUAUCUUGACUAUUAGGCUCCUGAUGUUAACCUUUUUGAGGUUAUUGGAAAUAUUGCUUUAUAGGGUUAAGUUGAUUGUUA